AUGGCGUUCAAGGAAGUUGGGUUGUUGCUUUCUAUUUGCUUUUUGCACUUGGGAGGUGCUACUUAUUGCACCUAUAAUUCUGACUGUGAUUAUUUAGAGACGUGCUGUUCAGAUUACGUCUGUAGACAAAAAUGCUCCCUCUGUUCCUACGAUUACCAGUGCGGCACGGGAGAAUGCUGCAAGAGUUCCAGUUGCAAGAAGAAAUGCUUCGACGGUGGUUGUCGAAAAAACUGUUACUCGUGCUCGUACAAUUCGGACUGUGAUUUUGGAGAGUGCUGUGACUCGGAUUAUACCUGUAAGAGCGUUUGUUCCCAUAGCCUCACUGGGGCAGCCAUUGGAGGCAUUAUCUUUGGCUGUUUGGUUCUUGCUGCCAUUGUGAUUUCCAUACUGGCUUGCUGCUGCUGUGCUUGUUGCCCGUAUUAUCGUCAUCGUCACCAUCCAGGAACAGUUUUAGUCACACAACCCAUGGGUGCGACAGUCACUGCAACAACUACACAGCAGACCAUUCAACAGCCACCACCUGUGGGAUACCACCAGCCGCCGCCUGUGGGAUUCAACCAACCACCUACCAUGGGAUACAAUCCACCACCAGGAGGAUUCUACCAACCAGUAGGUGUCGCACCACCGCCUUAUGUUCCUCCUCAGGCCUCUGGAGUAACAGCAUACCCUUCCCCUGGGGCACAAGGGUCAGCUCCAUACCCCCCUGCCCAGGCAGUGUACCAAGGAAGCACUGGACAACCAUUCAAGCAGUAA